AGCGUAACAGCACUCUUGCUGACAAACCGUGGACACAACUGAGGACCAACGUCAACAAUGAAGCUCUUUGUGUGUUGUCUGCUUCUUCCAUUUGCAGAUAUGGUGGUAACAGCCCCAAUUAGAGCGCGAAGGGAAAAUGUGUUAAGCCUCCUAAAUGAUGCAUUUGGCACGACAACUGAAAAGACCACACCUGCAAGUACAACAGUAAAUCGAAACCCUUCAUCUAGGCCCGUGAAUGAGCAAGAUUCUGAAGAUAUGUCAGAGGCAAGAUCUACAGAGAAUUUUAACACCAAUGGAUUAACAGGACCUGAAGUAUCAGAUAAAAAUGGAAGUGAAAGCAGAGAUGCGAUCAAAGGCCUUGGCAGUGAUGAAAUCAUGAUUCCUAAAGUUGUGGAGAAAGCAUUUUCAAGGUGGGAAACCAAUGUGGGGUCAGUGAAUAUCAGCAGGAGGCUGGUUCAGGACCAGGGGAGCAGGGAGCUCGGUGAGCCACAUGGGGCAGACACAGCAAGCAGAGAGUGGACUGAUCUCAACAGUGAGGAAGGAGUGAUGAUGAACACUCAAGGGGCUGAAAAUUUGUCAGGACAAAAUGUUAUUCGUUUGAGUGGGGACCAAGUGACUGGCCGUCUCCAGAGGAAGGCUACACCAGAAAGAGUUCAUGGGUUGAAUGGUAUGAUGGCCCCAUACAUAAGCAGAGAACUGGUGGAUCCGGAUAGUUUGGAGGAAAACAAUGGCAGACCUGCUCCAGUUGGGAACAGAGGAGAUGUGGACCAUGAUGAAACUAGAGAAUUUGUCAGCUCUGAAACGUACUAUCCAAUAGCACCUCCAGAGCACAUGCCCAGUAGCUUCUCUGCUCCAGCAAAGAGCCGAGCCUCCUGAUGAUCAUGCGAAGAUUCUAUUUCUUCCUCAUACUGAGUCAGGGGCUGUCAUCUGUUGAGUCAUCGACUGGCUGAUUCCAAAUGUAGUUGCUUCUGGGACUUUUUCAUCCACAUUUAGAUUUUUUUUUUUUCUUGUGUGAUCAUGUGAAAUAAAGAAGUUUUGACAAAUUUGU